GAUUCUUCAUCAUCAAAGACAGUUUCCUGCUCUACUAUGCGGAGAAUGAGAAGAGAAGCUUUGAGACCAACAAACACUUUAACAUCCACCCCAAGGGUGUGAUCCCUUUAGGAGGCUGUGUUGUGGAUCCGAAGGAAGACCAGGGCAUGCCAUUCGCCAUGGUUAUAAAUCAUGAUGACUUCACUGGUAACAUUGUCCUGGCUGCAGAGAAUGAGGCAGAACAAAACCAGUGGCUGGAGAUGCUGCAGGAGUCUGGCAGAGUCACCUGGAAGAACGCCCAACUGGGAGAAGCCAUGAUAGAGAGCCUGGAAGCCCAGGGACUGCAGCUGGCCAAGGAGAAGCAAGAGUACCUGGAUAAGCUGAUGGAGGAGACAGAAGAACUGAGCCUGCAGCGAGAACAGAAGGAGCAUCUGGAACGUCUGAACCUGGUUCUGGAGGAGGAGAAGCAGAAGUUUGAGGAGCUGGUGAUGGAGCUUAGAGCAGAGCAGGAUCAGAUCAAACU